AUGUCCCUUAUACAACUCCAACCCCAUCCCUUCACCUCAAUCCCUACCCACCCCUCCUUCUCCACAGAUUCAUCCCGCCCCGACCUACACCAAUACAUCAGCACCGCUCUCCACGAAGCUCUCGACCUUCUCCAUUCCAUCCCGUCCACUUUCACCACAGACCCCAAGCAACACCCCUCUCCGCCAUCACAAGCCAAAGUAAAGCUUCUACGAGGAUGGCGCAAGCCCUUCGAGUCCCGUGCCAGCACUAAGGGUAGAGAAAAAGAAAAAGACAAGUCUGAGUUUUGGGUCUGUCGCCAAAGUGAACAUGUCAACGAAAGCUCGAAGGGUACCGCGUCAUGGCGCGAGUUCGAGGCUGGAUUGAGAUCGGAGCAUGCUGAGCAUGAGAUGGAGUAUACGCCUAGUGUUUCUGCUGUGGAACGACUGUUGGAAUGGGCGCCGGAGAAUAUUGGGGAGAUUGAGGUGGAUGGGGUUAGGUUUAGGGGUGUCAAUAUGGAAGUCAAUCUGAUAACUCACACCUUCCACCCAUCCGCCCUGAUAUCUCCGCGCACCUUCAUAUCCCUGACCAUCUCCGCCGCAUACGACGGUCUCCCUUCCACAACCUCUCAAGCCCCAACCCUGUCACAAAAAGAGCACCGGCAGGGCUUCCUAACCGUCCAAUUACCCCUGCACCCGGCAAUAUCCUCCACGCCAAAAGCCCUACACCAGGAAAUCACCGCCUCCGUACCGAAGCGCACUAUCUUCGCAAAUUACGCAAGCAUUGAGCGCGUCGAACUGGUACAAGCUGGCAAGGCCACGGAUCAGCCAUCCACUGAGCAGUCCCAGUCUCAAUCGCUUAUUGAAUGGACCAUGGCGACUACUUCUGAUGCUGGGGGCUCGAUUCCGCAGUGGGUCCAGCGGAGUUGGGCGUUGGGCGGAGUGCCGAAAGCUGUUGUGGCGGAUGUGGGGUUGUUUAUUGGGUGGACGAUGCGUCGGAGGCAGGCUACUUAG